AUGGACAGCGAAGAGGAGCAAGCGCCCCGGGGUCCGGCCCAGAGGCUCACGGAGGAACCGAGGAGCCCCUGUGGCUCCCAGGUGCCCCAGGCCUCGGGCGACUCCUCGCAGGCGGCCGCGUGCUCCCGCGAGCCCCCCGAGCAGGCCCUGCAGCUGCGGCCCCUGCGUGGCAGUGGCCCAGGAGCUAGGCUCAGUGAGACCUGUCAGCCUGCAGAGGGUGCAGAGCCCGCGGACAGGUCUCCCAGCUCCCUUGGACUCACGGACUUCAACGACGCGGGCGCACCCCUGAGCCUUGAGGCGGCCGGGGAAAGCCCAGAAGUCCAAACGGGAGCCCAGCCCGAUCCAGGGGAGCCUCCUCGGGCGAAGCUGGCCGAGCAGCAAGCGUCCUGGAGCCAGCAGCGGCCAUCCCGCAGCUGCCAGGACGCUGUGUCGCUUGUGCCGGCUGGCGACAGCCCGAGCCUGGGGGUGGAGACGAGCCUGGAGACACCAAGGAGGUUCCUCCAUCUCCAGGAAGCUGUCCCAGGACAGCCCUCGAGGGCCACGAAGGGCUCUCUAAUAGCAGCUGCUCCUGGGACCCCCCUGGGCGAAGCCUCGGGCUGCAGCCCCGGCCGUCGUCGAGAGCAGAGUCCAGCCCACGACGCCGGGGACAGCGACGGUGCCGGCCCGCCCCGCUGCACCGAGGCUCCUGCAGCCGCCUGUGCGCGCUGCCCUGGCCCGGUUCUGCCGCUCGCCGGCCCGUCGGCUGCGGGGCGGCGGCCGCUGGCCGGGGGCGCGCAGCAGGAAGCAGGGCAAAAGAAGGAGGUGCAGGAGCUGUACCAGCUGGGCCCGCAGCUGGGCAGCGGCGGCUUCGGCACCGUUUUCUCGGGCAUCCGCCUCUCCGACGGGAGCCCGGUGGCCAUCAAACGCGUGGCCGGGGAGAGCGUCCUGCAGUGGGACGAGCUGCCCGACGGCACCCGCGUGCCCCUGGAGAUCGUGCUCAUGGAGAGGGUGGGCUCUGGUUGCUACAACAUCAUCCAGCUCCUCGACUGGUUCGAGCUGCCUGACAGCUUCGUGCUGGUGAUGGAGCGUCCGGAGGCAUCGCAGGAUCUCCUGCAGUUCCUGCUGGAGCGGGAGUUCCUGUGCGAGGAGAUGGCGCGCUGGCUGUUCGUCCAGGUGCUGGAGGCCGUGCGGCACUGCACCGCCUGCGGCGUCGUGCACCGGGACAUCAAGCCGGAGAACCUCCUCGUGGACCCGGACAGCGGCGACCUGAAGCUCAUCGACUUCGGUUGCGGCACCUUCCUCCAGGAGCGGGCCUACACGUGGUUUGCCGGAACGCACGCCUACAGCCCGCCCGAGUGGAUCUGCCUCGGCCGCUACCACGGCCGUGCGGCGACCAUCUGGUCCCUGGGCGUGCUGCUGUACGUCAUGGUCUGCGGGAACCUCCCCUUCCAGGACGAGCGUGCCAUCGUGCUGGGGCAGCUCUUCUUCUGGCAGCAGGUCUCUCCAGAGUGCCAGCAUCUGAUCCGCUGGUGCUUGGCCACGCGCCCCGCGGACAGGCCGGAGCUGGAGGAGAUCUUGCGCCACCCUUGGGUGCUGGGCCGGCGUUUUUGACGCCUUGCCGGAGCCUCUGCAGCACCCGCUUACAGCAUCCCA